AUGGAGUCAACAUCAACAUAUUCUCAUGUGACCAACUACCACAAUGACACUAGGAGUCCUGGAUCACAGUUGGCAACACAGCAUCCAUUGUCCCCACCCAACCAAACACGAACUAUUCUUUCUCUUCUACAGGAUGGCAAGAUGAACAUUGCAGAGAUCACUGCCAAUCCAGACAAUGCCAACGAUUGUCUACUAAAGUCAUUAUUCCUAUGUAUCAAUCAACUAUUGGCUGUUGGUGAUCAGGUACCAAACAAUUAUAAUCAAUUCCUUCCGGACAAUAUGAGAUUGCCAAUGAUCACCAUAGACCUAUAUAUUGCCAGGAUACUCAAGUACUCACCUUGUUCCAAGGAAUGCUUCAUCACUAUAUUAAUGUACAUUGAUCGAUUGAUUACCAAGAGGAACUUUGUCGUCAACAGUUACAACAUACAUAGAAUAUUGAUCACAAGCAUCCUAGUGGCUGCCAAGUACUUAGAUGAUAUAUUUUAUAACAAUCAUUUCUAUUCACAAGUUGGUGGAGUGUCUGUUAAGGAGAUCAAUGUGAUGGAGCUUGACUUUUUGAAGUUGUUGUCCUUUGAUGUGAGCAUCAAGCUGGAAUCAUUCGUACAUUAUGCCGCGGCAAUGGAGUUGUACUGCAAGAAGAUGCAGACUCAGCUGAACAUGCAGUCACCAAUCGCACUGCCAAUCAGUAUACCAAAGAAUCUACUUCCACAACAGGAUGAUGAUAUCUCAAAAGGCAACAACAAGUCAAACAGCAACAGCAACAGCAGUAGCGGUAGUAACACAGACUCAAACAGCAGCAACAGCAGUAGUAGUACCAACAACAACAAAGACACAUCUGUAAAUAGCAAACCACUCAGCAAAGAGGCAGUAGGCAAGAGCGACCACACCAACAAACCAUUCAUUCCAUCAACGUCCAACCAACUAUUUACAUCAAUCUUUAUCAUUACCAUCGUCAUCAACCUACCCCAAGGUGGG